GAGCGCCUCGAACAGGACAUUUGACAGCUGAGAGCAGCGAGACGCGUUCAAGUCCCAUCGAAUAUUCUCUCUCUGUUGUCUCCUCUGAUGGAGCUGGUGCAACCAUUCCUGCACAGACUGCACCGCCCGCCCGCCGCCCGCCGCCGGGACUGAAGCCGCGCGCCGCCCGGUGCCUCCUCGUGACUCCGUCCUCGCCGUCCUCUCUCUCCAGCAGCGGGCCGCCGUCUCCUCCGUGACUCUCUGUUCCCAUGCGAUUCUUCAGACUCACAUUCAAGUGUUUCGUGGAUUGUUUUUGAAGAAGAAGAAGAAAGGCAGAACAGAGAUCUUGAUCGGGACGGAGCUGGACCUGCUGUGGACUGACUCAUCUGUUUCUGACGAGACUCUGAGAGGAGGUGGACAAACAGUCUUUAAAGCUGCAUUAAAGGGGGAGAUACUGAACAUCCCGCUGCAGCCAGUGCAGACUUAGUGUUUGUUACUGUAUCUGACAGCGACGAAGAGAAAUCAGCUUUUAAAGAUACCUUGCAACAAACAAGUGCUUCCAGUGUGACUGGUCCGUGAACACCAAGAUCAAAUCUUCCAAGAUUUAAAGGGAACUCAGAGUGAGACGUGGACUGAGUUUUGGACCCGUUACUCGUUUGUUUUUUUAACUGGUUCCUGUUUUUGUGGACUGUGAGUGAUGGAGAAGCUGGCGCUGCCAGCCUCCGCCUGCUCUCAGGUUCUCCUGGAGGACACCAAGAAGAACUCCCUCCUGCUGCCUAACGGCGGUGGGUACCCCCCAGUGGCCACUAAUGGCAGCCUCGUCCCGCUGACAGGGGUGGUGGCGGGGUCCGGCGGCGGCGCAUGCGCCGGACCGGACAAGAAAGCUGUGACGGCGGCGGGUCCGGGUUACCCGGAGCGGGAGACGUGGACCCGACAGAUGGACUUCAUGAUGUCCUGCGUGGGAUUCGCCGUCGGACUCGGAAACGUGUGGAGGUUCCCGUACCUGUGCUACAAGAACGGAGGAGGUGAGUGCGUUUUUGAGUGACAGGAGCUAAACGGGCAAGUGGGCGGGGCUUGAGAGGAGGCGUGGCUUAUACUGACUUGUCUGUCUAUUGAUCAGAGUGGGAGCAGCUGUGUGUGUGUGUGUGUGUGUGUGUGUGUGUGUGUGUGUGUGUGUGUGUGUGUGUGUGUGUCUGUGGUGGGGGGGGCAGAGAUACUGUCACCUGCACUUAGUCGUCGAUUAAUAUUUCUUUAGUCGUUUUUAUGCUUGUAAACGUUUCAUACUGAAUUACUUAUUUUCACUUGUGAAAACUUAGUUUUACAUAAAUCAACUUAUUUUUUUGUC